AUCCAAUCCACUUUCAAACAGAAGGAGAGAUGUUUCAGUCUCCAGUUUUACAAUUAUUAUUUUCAACUACAUUCUUAUUACUCUUACUAUCUUCUCUAAUCUUUCUGAAACCAAACUAUACACCUUCACCAGCCGCAAUUCUCUCAAGCGUACUCUUCGAUCGAUAUCCAGGUACUCCAAAAACAGAAGCCGAAGCUAAAAUUCAAUGGAUCAAACCACCUGUCGAUUUUUUCGGAUUGGAUGUUGAUAUGGCUGAUUCGAUUUUACCAAUGAUUGGAUCUAGAACUUGGUUUAAUCUUUAUCCUCAUCCUACAAAAACCGGUCCAAAACCACUUCGACAAUGGAUCAAACGAUUAAAUUGGCUAAAGAAAAACUCAACGGAUCCUUCAAUCUUACGUGCACUCUCGAUUCCAAAAGCUAAACUUGAAGCAGAUGGUUAUGUAACUUAUCCUGAAGGAGUUCCUAUUGGAAAUGGUGAAGAAGGAGCUUGUAAUUGGGAAAGAACAGGAUGUUUGGUAGAUGAAGAACAUGGAUAUAAGAAUAAUUUGGAUAUCGUUCAUGCCGAAAAUGGAACUUGGGUUGUUAAUUUUGAUGAUGGUCCACUUCCACCUUCGAAAACUUUAUAUGAUGCUUUGGAUCAAUUUAAUGCAAAGGCCACUCAUUUUUGGAUUGGAGGAAAUGUAUUAAAGAAUUGGCGACUUGCUCUGAUGGCUGCCAAACGAGGUGAUCAUCUUGCUGUACAUACUUGGUCUCAUGCUCAUCUGACAACAUUAUCGGAUAAUGAAGUUUUGGGAGAACUUGGUUGGUGUAUACAGAUCAUCGCUGAUGUAACUGGUAAAGUACCUAAAUACUUUAGACCACCUUAUGGGAACAUUGAUAAUCGGAUACGAGUGAUUGCAAAGCAUGUUUUCGGUCUAGAGACGGUGAUAUGGAAUUAUGAUUCAGUAGAUUGGGGUUUAAAUCAAACUUACGCAACAGGUGAUCUAGUUGAUACACCCGAUCCUGCCACCGCGCCGUCCUACCAAGCCGUAGUAGAUGGCAUCAAGAUCAUAGCUGCCAAUGGACCAGGUUAUGAUCCGAAGAAGACUGCAAGCGUGAAUCGACAAUCAAAUCAAGCAGGUUGUUUGAUUCUAGAACAUGAGUUGAGUGAAGAAUCUGUGAGUGCUUUUAAGGAUUCAUGGGAGUUUGUAAAAAGUCAGGGAUGGAAAAUGGUACCAUUACCUGAAGGCUUACCAGGAGGUGAUGGAGAUUGGUAUCAAUGAGUGAUUUAUCAGACAAUUGAGUGUUUUCUCAGGAAUUUUGGACUCUAUGGAUCGAAACAGAUCACUGUUUGUGUCUCUUAUACCCUUCUUGUGUCGUUUUCUCUGGGGUCAAAUUCUUGCCUAGACUAGAUGUUUUACGAUCUUUCAAGGUCACUAUCACCCUAUGCGCUUUGUAUGUAGGUAACUGGUGGCUCUAUAAUGUAUUUACUGUAGAUGGAUAUUUCUAACUUGGACCAACCCCAUGAGACGACAAAUUCCUACUGGAGUAGCUUCUCCUCAAGACAUUGAUAUUUCCUUCUUUAUGCUAUUCUGCCUCUUCUUGGCAAAUUCUCAGACUAGGAUUGAUCAGUAUAUAUAUGCCCUUAUUGUUUUAUCACUUUGAAACUCGCAGCUUUUCAUUUUUCAUUUUUUGUGAACUUCUGCUAUUCUUUUCAAUACAGUGGGUAAACCCGAGUACGUGUUCC